CCAGGCGGACACGCACCGCAGACCUCGCGCACGUGUGUGCUGCAGUCGCCGCAGUCGCCGCAGUGGUGGCGGCGUGUGCCCGCUGUCAUGUGGAAGUGUGAUAUGUGCUAGUGCGUGUGUUUGUGUGUGUGUGUGUGUUGGUGAGUGUGAGUGUGGGUGUGCGACACCACGGUUGCUUCCUCGAUCCGUCGCGCGUCUCCGUCAUGGAGAGGUUACACGUGUACGUCGCGCUCGUGGCCGCGGUGGCGGUCGCCGUCGGCGCGUCCCCCGUCAGCAGCGCAACGAGGACACUAGUGCCAGAGGUGAUCGACAUGGGCGUGACGGGGAGGCGGUCGUCCGGGCCGGGCCCCGCGGGCGUGGCGGGGGAGGAGGGGGAGGCGCCCCCGCACGCCCACCUCACGCUCGCCAUCACGGCCGCGCCCACCGCGCUCAACUACCAGCACGUGCAGGGCGGCUUCGUCCGAUCCGAGCCCGCGUCUAGCCGGCCGCAGGACGAGGAGGCCCUGCAGAGCGGCCUGACGCGCCGCAAGCGGGACCACCACCAGCAGCAGCCCGCUGACCAGGAGGCGGAGGCCUCCUCCCAGGCAGAGGACGAGGCCGUCGAGGACGACGCCGAGGCCGCGGCCAGCGCGCACGACGACGGCGACAUGUUCCUGGAGCCGGACGCGGGCGCCCCGAGCACCACCGGCGAGCCGGAGCACGUCGCGGCGGCCACCACCGAGGACACGACGGGGCAGCCGCAGAACCUGUUCCCCGCCUUCCAGCCCCUGUUCCCGCUGGGGCACUCGCGGCCACCCAUCUUCCAGGUGAGUGAGGAGCCGGCGUUCAACCAGCGGCAGGCGCUGCUGCGGCCACAGCAGUUCGGGGCGUUCCACCCGCACGCGUCCCUGGGCCACCACCUGUCCGAGGCGCAGGUCCGCGAGCCCCGCCUGGAGCUGUCCUCCGGCAUCGGGCCGCACGGGUUCCGCGAGCGCGCCUACCCGCAGCCCGCGCCCGUCGCCGCGCCCGCAGAGCUGCAGCACGCCAGCACCAUGCUGGGCUCCGGCAACUUCGGCGUCAUCCACGGCGGCACCUUCUACGGCGAGGAGAAGGAGGCCCAGGAGUACGACUCGCCCUCCUCGCCCCUGCACUCGUACUACGGCGGCAACGGCCACGGCCGGCCCGCCUUCUACCGCGGCAACCCCGAGCCCCAGCGCUACCGUACAUCCGAAGACUUCUUCGCCAACUUCCGCGACUUCGCCGACAUCUCCACGCCGACCAAGUCGAGCUUCAGCGAGUACUACGUGGUGUACGUGAACCGGAACGCGUCCCGCGCCGACGCCGGCACCGUGGUGGGCCCCACUGGCGUGGUGUCGGGGGGCCAGCCGCACCUGCAGUCGCACCAGGCCAAGGCCGUGCCCCGGCCGAACAACAUCUUCGAACGGCUGGCGCAGAUCGACCUGGAGCACGCCGCCAAGAAGGACGGCAAGGACGCGGAGACGGAAGUGCCGCAGAAGAAAGUGUCGCUGGGCAAGCGGAAACUCGCCCUGCUGGACAAGAAGAAGGGCGGCAAGAAGACUGCGACGCCCAGGGAAGUCCCCCAGAGAGAUGCCCAUGAGCCCCUCCUAGCCCUGAGCUGAGCCCUUGCCAGCGGCCAGCGCCGAGACUGAGUGCGUUUGAAUCGGACGCUGUCUGCUGUCCUGUCGUGUCCAGGUGGUGCGUCGCGUCGUGCGUCGUGCGGACAGUCUCUGUCCGAAAAACGAAAACGAAAACGACGCGGCGCGAGGCGUGAGGCGGGAAGCACCCAACUGCUUCCCCUGCUACACGCGCCACUGGCUUACCAAAAAACAUUCCUUUCCAGUUGGCCUACAUUGGGGGAUUUCCACGGAUGUUGUUUGUCAAUGAUUGCAAGAAAGUUGCUUGCAUACUGCCAGGUCGAAAAUGACCAAACCUCCUUCUAAAUUAUUUGAAAGAAGAAGUGGAUGUGUUUGGGUGCAACUUCGAAAGUGUAGCACAUCAUUUUUAAGUAUGAGAUAAAUUGCCCAAAAUUUAACGGGAGGGUAGGGGAGAAGUUGAAUUAAAUCAGUAUUUCCUUAGGUAUCAUUUUUGAUUUAGUUUUAAAGAAGCAAAGCUGAUGUUAUCUUGAAUUUACUCUGUUGAUUCAGAUAAAAGUAUUUAUAAGGCUGACUGCUAAAGAAAAUUAUUGACUUUGAAUGGAGAGAAGUAUUAUGUUCUAGUGCAAAUAAUGAUUGCUGCCACAGAAUCAAACUCAUAUUGUAAGGUAAAGCGCUGUACAUAUCUAUUUGAGAAUUUUCUUCAUGACACCACAUCUUAAUAUAAUUUGUCUUUCUUAUACUCAUACUAUCUCUUUGUUUCGAUUUCAUGCCUUGUGUAAAUAUCAUUUUAUAUCAUCCAAGCACUAUCAACUAGAUAUAACUAUAGAAAUAUGAAUGUAUACUCCUAUAUCUCUAAUAUUGUGUAAUGAUUACCAGAAGAAAGUUUUUCUCUUUUUGUUCCAAAAAGAAUAACUUUAUUUUUUUAAAUUCUGCAGGUUGACAAGAAUGAAGAUAAAGAGUUUAAAAAUCCAAUGUUAAUGCUGUGACCAGUGGAGUGAACAGUCUGUCAUGUUAUGCGAGAACGUGUGUAUAGCUGGCAACUCAAAAAGCCCAUGUUCCGCUUUGGAUUACACAGCAGCUUUUAUCUCUAAAAAAUUAUACUGCAGAGAAUGAAUUUGUAGACAUGCUCUUUAAAUGUACCUUGUGAAAGUACAUCCCUUCAUGUGGUAUUGUUAUUUUGUUUGUUGUUGACUUUUGUAAAUAGGAGAAAGUAAAAAAAGAUACAAAACAUA